CUUUGGUUUACAGCCCACUGGGAACACCACUUUGGAUGACAUUAAGAGAGCAAUCAAAACGGCUGAUGAUAUUUACCACAAUCUGGAUAUUCAUAAACUCGAAGAAUUUUAUUUGAAAAAUGUUGACAAAACCAGUCCAUUAGCUCUGAGGGAAGCCUUUUCUGAUUUAAGCGGAGAUUUAAUAUUGAAAUGUCCCACAUACCAUUUUGCCAAACAAUUUGCUACAAGUGUUCAAAAUAAACAUCAAGUCUAUUUCUACCAGGUUACUUAUAUGAGUAAAACGUUUGCCAAAGCAACUCAUUGUGAUAUGCCAGGGAUGGGGAUAUGUCAUUGUGCCGAGGGUGAUUUUGUAUUUGGGGAACCAUUUAUUAAUACAGCAGAUUACAGUGAACUAGAUCAAAAGUUUAGUCUGGUUUUAAUGAAAAUGUGGACUAAUUUUGCUAAAUAUGGCCAACCGGACAUAGAGUGGCCACAUUUGUUCAGCAAUAAUACAAUUGAAGUAAAAAACUUAAACCCUAACCCCAAACCCAAUGUGUUUGUCAAUCCAUAUGCGAGUACUUGUGAUGGCAUACCUUAUGCCGAACCCCCGAUCGGGAAGCUUAGGUUCGCUAAACCAGAACCUAUUAAAACACCCAUAAAAGAUAUUAUCUCAGCAACCAAACCAAAAGACUCAUGCAUUCAGCCAUUAUCUCCGUUUGCAAACUUGACUUAUAGUGAGAACUGUCUGUUUGUAAACAUUUGGACACAAAAUGUGGAAACCAAUGGCCCAUCAAAACUAAAACCAGUUAUGUUUUACAUACACGGAGGGGGUCUUAGUGUUGGCUCAGUAUUUACUGGAAGUGGAAGCGUGUUGGCCACCAAUGAUGUGGUGAUUGCCUCAACCAGCUAUAGAUUGGGUCAAUUAGGCUUUCUAUAUGGGGAUCGGGAGGACGCGCCCGGAAAUGUCGGUUUUUACGACCAGUUAUUGGCACUGAAAUGGGUCAGAGAUAACAUUCAUGCCUUUGGUGGGGAUAGGGAUCAGAUCACUAUAUUUGGUCAGAGCGCCGGUAGUUGGUCCGUAUCAGCACACAUACUGUCGCCACUAUCAAAAGGACUGUUUAAGAGGGCUAUUAUGGAAAGUGGUUCUCAUCUGUACAAUAAGGACAGGGAUGUGAUCAGCAAAAGUGAAUCAAUACAAUUGGGAAAACAAAUGGCUAAGGAUUUCAAUUGUAGUGAAUCUGAGGAUUGGUUGCAAUGUUUGCGAAGUAUUGACGCAAAAGAGUUCAAUAAAUACACAAAAACGAUAACAUAUCCGGUGUUGGGAACAGAUUUUCUGCCCAUUUCUGGACAAAAAGCAUUUCAAGAAAUGAAAUUCAAUUCAGAUGUGGACAUAAUAGCCGGUGUGGCCACCAAUGAGGGAUCAAUGUUUGGGGCAAUCUUUGGGUUACAGCCCACUGGGAACACCACUUUGGAUGACAUUAAGAAAGCAAUCAAAGCUGCUGAUGAUGUUUACCAUAAUCUGGAUAUUCAUAAACUCGAAGAAUAUUAUUUGAAAAAUGUUGACAAAACCAGUCCAUUAGCUCUGAGGGAAGCCUUUUCUGACUUACUCGGAGAUUUAAUAUUGAAAUGUCCCACAUACCAUUUUGCCAAACAAUUUGCUACAAGUGUUCAGAAUAAGCAUCAAGUCUAUUUCUACCAGCCAACCGGACAUAGAGUGGCCACAUUUGUUCAGCAAUAA